AUGAGGCAUGAGCAAACAGAGGAGCUUAGCACGGAAGCGGCACAUCACCCGCGUAAGCCUCUGUCGGCAAGUUCCAUACAAGAUCUCGAAAUAAUAUGUUGCGAAAAAGAUGGGAGACGCGCUACGGCCAUGCUACUUACAGAUGAGUUUGUAUCCGCGGUAAACACCAUUUUGCGAAACGAAAACAAGAUUACCAGGUAUAUGGAGGAGAUCGAAACCGCUGAAAGCCAAAUUGAGGAGAUGGGAGGAAUGAUCGCGAAGCUUCGCCAGCAAAUACAUGAGCUAUCUGGGGAGGAUCCAGAUGCGCCAUCCAAGAAGGAACGUCUACUUGAAACCGGUACCAGUUAUUUGGAGCAAUUGAAUGAGCAAAGGGAUACUUUGGUACACAAGCUAGACAAAGUCGGCAAGGAGUCGGAGAGCUCUCACAAAGGAUUAUAUGGUGACUUGAGAAGGGUCUUUGAGACUUACGAUCUCCUUGAGGAUAUAUCGGGAACCAGCGAUUCGGGUCACGACGAUAUUCCUGACGAAGAUGAUCAAGCAGAGACUUCAAUUACCACAGGUCCGACUUACAAUGCUGUUCAGCAAACGACUGACUCUCCAAUUGCACAUGUUACCACCGCCUCAACUCCUAACAAGGUAGAACAGGCGACAAACGAUCCCCUUCCAAAAGCAACUCCUGAAAAGACUCCAAGCGGGAUGCAGCGAGUUGCCGAAAGGAAAGCUCAGUAUGCCUUGUAUGACCAAAAAGAGAGAUUGGAUGGCAAAAUAGAGUAUCUCGGUCAAAGAGUCGACGAAUGGUAUUUGGAAUACGAUGAUGCUCUCAGGCGCUAUAAGGAUAGCUAUGCACGGGGAGAGACCGACGAUACCAGAACAAUGUUCGAUAAUGACAUGUUUAUUGCACAACAAGGCGUUGUUCAAGACCUCAUCACGGCGGAGCGAGAGCUCCAGCAAACUAUGGAAGAGGGAAGAGGAGGGAAGAGCUCUUGGUGUCAUCUGGGAUGA